GAGCACACAGCUGUACGGCUCUUCCUACUUCCCACUUCCGCCGCGGAACAACAACAACACACGGGGAUUUUCUCCCUCUAGCGACCGACGAGGCGCCGACAGGUCGAUUUAAAGUGUCAACAGAAGGCAGAUCUACAGCUCAGAUUGUUUCGGACGGUCACAAAGUUUUCCGGCUUCGCCCUAAACUGAACUCAUCACCAUUACUGCUUGCAGUGGGACGCGCGUGGCUGCUCCGACGGGACCACGUGUCCCAGUGAAGGUCGAACCAGAACUCUCAAGACUCUCAGACCGGUCUGUGACGUCAUCGAGGAAUGAUCGCACGCACGGUGCACGCGCUCACACGGGCCCGGUGUCCCGGCCCGCGUCGCCUCUCUCACGCUUCCGGCGGAGGACCGAUCGAAGGUGGAUCCGAGUCCGCUCAUCUCACCGGGCACGCGGCUCUCUACGUGCACUGGCCCUACUGCCUCAGAAGAUGCUCCUACUGCAACUUCAACAAGUACAUAUCCAGAGGGAACAAUGACGUCAUGAUGACGGAGUGCCUUCAGAGGGAGACGGACACCCUGCUGCAGCUCAGUCAGGUGUCCCGUGUUACCUCGGUGUUUUUCGGUGGAGGGACUCCGAGCCUGGCUCACCCUUCGACCAUCGCCGCCGUCCUGGAAACUGUUGCCGGGCGGGUUAGUCUCUCAGACGAGGCCGAGGUCACGCUGGAGGUCAACCCGACUCCUGUGGGCAAGUCCAGGUUAGAGGAGUUCUGUGGUGCCGGAGUGAACCGCUUCUCCAUCGGGGUCCAGUCUCUGCAGGACGAGGACCUAAAGAUCCUGGGCAGAGACCACAGCUCCCAUCAGGCGCUGCAGGCCAUCGAGGAGGCCAGGAGGCUGCUCCCCGGGAGGGUGUCGGUGGACGUGAUGUUCGGACGUCCUGAACAGAGCGUUGAAUCCUGGGAGAGCGAGCUGUCGGAGCUGCUGAAGGUGUGCGACGACCACGUGUCUCUGUACCAGCUGACGCUGGAGCGAGGCACGCAGCUGUUCAGACGGGUGGAGGGAGGAGAAGCCAGCGUGCCGGCUGAAGACGUGACAGCAGAGAUGUACCAGCGAGCCCGGACGACGCUCCACCAGCACGGCUUCCUGCAGUACGAGGUGUCCAACUUUGCGAGACAUAACGCAGUGAGUCAUCACAAUAUGAGCUACUGGAGCGGACGUCAGUACAUCGGCGUCGGCCCAGGAGCUCACGGUCGGUUUGUCCCUCUGGGGGAGGGAGGCGUCGCUCGGGAGGCCCGGACCCAGACUCUGGAGCCUGACGUGUGGAUCCGGGAAGUCCAGCAGAGGGGACACGGGACGCGGAGGCGGAUUCGGCUCGGCCAUCUUGAACUAUUGGAGGAGGUGUUGGUGAUGGGAAUGAGAAUGACCGAGGGCAUUAAUCACAAGCACUGGCAGAUGUUCAGCCCUCAGCUGGGCCUACGCCAAGUGUUCGGCACGUCCGCCGAGGUCCGAGAGUUUCUACGGAGCGGACGACUCGUCCUGGACGACAGAGGUCUGCGCUGCUCCUGGGACGGACUGGCCGUGCUGGACAGCAUGCUGCCGGCUCUGCUGGUGGAGCUGGAGAGCGAAACCAGUCGGAGGCUCCAGAGGGACGAACGCAGGAAGAGCUCUGACCCACGCUGACGGGGAGGUGAACGGAACCGAUGACGUCAGAGGAAGGUGGCUUUUAUAGGACGCUGACUCUGUAUCACACUGGGAGAAGCGUCAUCCGUCCGGUCCGGAUGAGACUCUGAACAUUAGAGAUUAAUACAUUUUCUAAAAGCCUUCGGGUGCCGUCACGUAAUUAUAAAAUAAUUGCGUGAACGAUUAUUACCUGGCUCUCGUGGCCGAUACCGAUAAAAGAUUUAUUGUUUUUUUUUAUGCACAGAGUGCAGGAGCGGCUCAGAUGUAGCGAGUAGAGAUGGUUUACUUGAUAUUUUAUAUCUGUCAGAAGAUUUAAUGGUUAAACUUGAAGACUUGAAAGUGUUUGUUGUUCGUUUUCUUCUUCUCUGUGCACAACUUUAAAGGUGCAUGCCACCACUUCCUGUGUAUAGAUGCUGCACAAAAGCAAUUUGGCUUCGUAUUAUCGACUAUAAUUUACGGCAUCUGCCGAUAACCAAUAAUAUUAAUAUUCCAUUAUUGGGCCAUAUAUCAUGCGUCCAUAAUUUAGAUCCCAUCUUGUCAGACGUAAUUAUUCUCUCCCAGUUUGCAGGAAAUAAUCUGAGUUGUUGUGGACGUCUCAGCGCGUGUGUGUGUGUGUGUGUGUGUGUGUGUGUGUCUGCUCUUGUAAAUAAAAUGAAUGUACUCCAUGUUUAAUCAGACGCAGUGUCGUUGAGACAAGCAGGCAGCAGUUAUUAAAGUCUCAGACCUGAUUAAAUGUGGUGGCUGCUGAACAUUUUCACUAUCGCUCUUAUUACUCUGAUAAAAAGGUUCAACAUCAUUUAAUAGUUCCACAUUCAUAGAGGAAAUCCUCUGGUAGCGCUUUAUUAUACAUUCAUAAUUAUUUCCUCUAAUGCUGUGCUAAUUACAGAGAUAAUAGAGACAAUAUUCAGUAACGAUACAACUCAACAUAUAUGAAGAUUAUAUGUAGAGACGUCUUGUCUCCGGAGGGAAAGAGACGAGUUUGAGACCAAUUUUUUUCUCAUUCAGUGACAGUGCAGGUAAACACACUCCACAGAUCACAGUAUACAGAUCUCACAGCGCAGGUUGGUGUUCGACUGUUGCGUCCGACAGACUGACGCCGUCAAAUCAGAAAUGCGCAUAUUGAAUGUUUUGUCGAGUGUUUACUGGUGUCAGGACGGAACAGGUGGUUCCCGUCUCAUUACGGAUAAACCAGACGAACGAACCGAUGGACCGCUCAGAUCGCUGCCCAAUUCCCCGUCGUCAUGGAUACGGGAGGUGUUAAGAGCGAGCUCCAAUUAACUGCCUUCGUUUCUGCUCUCUCGUGACACAAUCAUUCAUUUGUUCGGCCUGUUUGUUUCACUGUUUGUAGGCUGUGUGUGUGAUCAUAUAAGCACCUCUCAGUGUUUCCUGCACGCCUACACAGUCUUUAACAUUCAGGAUUUUGUGGAUGCAGAUGAAGACCGGGGUGAACAUUUACCGGCACACACACAAACCCCCCCAUUUAUUAUUUAAAGAGCAGCGAUCACGACGUGCUCGUCAUAGUGGAGCUGAACAGCUCACUGCGAUGAGUCGGCCCGCUGCACCGACGGCGUCAGCACCUGCGGUUAUUUCAUCUUCCACUCUGUAGAGACAUCAGCAGAAGGGGCAGAAGUCGUUUUAUUGAAUUCAUUCGCAUCAAUAAAAUCUGAUGUCUGAUAAGAGAGACAGGGUUUGGAGAGAGAAGCUGAAGGACACGAAGGAAACAUCUUGUCUAGUUUUAAAGCUCUGAACUGAACAUUUGAUUUGCAAUCUGCUCUGAUUAUCGACAUUUAAACAGGAACGAACGAUGAAUCGAUUAGUUGUUGACUGUUAACUUCCACUGUUUUGAUAAUCAGCAGUGUUUCAGUGCUCUGGAUCUGUGUUGUUUCCUCUCAGACAAAGACGACUGCAGACAUCUCACUGUGUUAUAUAAUUGUUUGCAACCUUCUGCACUUAACGACGGUUUCCAUGAGACAAGAAUCGCAGAGAAAAAACACGACGCUUGCAGCAAAAUCUGUGUUGUGUGAGGAGGAUGAGGAACAAGAGCGGUCAAUAAAAAGUUAUUUUCAGCUCCUUGGAGUCUGUAUGUAUGUGUUGCUCAUAGAAAGUCUCAUAAACGGGCAAUAAAAGCAGAGACUGAAGAUGGA